CACACACACACCAUCUACCUGAGCUACAGAAAGCGUCCUCUUGCAGUCUUUCUCUGGAUAGAAUUUUGGAACUUUGGAUUUUUGGGAAGAAACUUGGUGGAUAUUAUGCUUCAUCACAUGGAUUAAUUUUUUUCAAUCUGGAUUACUUUAUUUCAUAAACUUAUUAUUUUCUUAAAGUUGUUUUGAAGUUGCAAGAAAUUCCUAGAAAGUUGGUGCAGUGGCUCUGCAGUGAUGGAUGCGCGAAGCUGGAGGAUUUGAACAGGACUGAAUGUGAGAGCGCGAGUCCGUGUCCAUGAUGCGCGCUUUCCGCGGAGGCUCGCGCUGCCUGCGCGCCGGAUUCCUGGCGCUCGUGCUGUUUUUGCUCGAGGCUCGAUGCGGGAGCAGCGCGUGUCCUGCGCCGUGCGCGUGCCACGUUCCCACCGAGGUGCACUGCACGUUUAGGUCCCUGAGCGUGAUACCGAGCGGGAUUCAGCCAGCUGUGAAAAGAAUUAACCUGGGAUACAACAGUCUUACAAUCCUAAAAGAACAUGAACUGUCUGGUCUGGAAAGCUUGGAGUUGUUAAUGCUGCACAGUAACACCAUCCAAACCAUUGAGGACAGGGCGUUCAGAGACCUAAAGGCUCUGCAGGUAUUAAAAAUGAGUUACAAUAGAGUCAAAGAGCUACAUAAAGAGACAUUUCAAGGCCUGGACAAUUUGUUGCGUCUCUAUAUGGACCAUAAUACCAUCGAAUUCAUCCAUCCAGAAGCUUUCUAUGGUCUGACGUCUCUUCAAUUAGUCAAUCUCGAAGGCAACAUACUCCAGCAGCUUCAUCCAGACACUUUUAUAACUCUGAGAUACAACCAGAUAUUCAAAUAUUCAUCAAUAAAGACCAUAUAUCUAUCAGAAAAUGCACUGACCACACUACCUGCUAAAGUGUUCACUGGUUGCUACCAGCUAGAGAAUCUCUUUCUCAGUGGAAACCCUUGGUCGUGUGAUUGUCGAAUGGACUGGCUUGCAGCAUGGAUCGAAAGAAAUCCAGGUGUCCUGAAAUGCAAAAGAGACAGGAAGUUUUCUGGAGAACAGAUGUGCCCCAUCUGUAAAUCUCCACUUACCUCCAGAGGCAGCAGUAUUAUUUAUCUGUCAAGUCAAUCCUACACAUGUUCUAAGCCAUGGAUUCAUUCCCAUGUGAAACAGAGAAAUAUCACAAUGGAGGAGAACAGCUAUGCCCCAGUUCUUCCCAAAGACUUUAUUGCUCCAAUUGGGGUGAUGGAAAUGAAAAUCACAGACCAGUAUAACAAUGAUGCCAAUGUUGCCUGUGUUGUACAGAGGCCAGGGGGAUUGGACAACUUGAAUGUAACCCAUGGAGUAAUGGGUGAUAAUGUUACAACACUCAGUGCAACUGUGACUACGUCACUUGUUUGUAAUAUUGAUUACGAUCACAUUCGUCAGCUUUGGGGCAUCUUGGCCUCUUACAGUGAUUCUCCAUUGAGACUUGAGAGGGAAUUACUUCUCACCAUGUCACCAGAAAUGAUCUACAAAUACAAGCAAGCAAGAUCAGCUGAUAGUGAAAUCUUCACAGAGAUUGAGGCAGAAAUUAAGGCAAAUCCUGCAUGGUUAAUGCAAGGUACAAUUAACUUACAGCUGGACCUUACUACCACUACAUAUUCAACACUCCACAUUAAAUAUUUGUCCAAUAUUGAAAUGAAUAUUGAAAGCAAUAAAGUACGAAGAGACCGAUUCAGCUGGACUAUGAUCAAAAAGCACAACCAGACUAAGACUGAGUUUUUAGUACUUUCUGGUGGUGUGGCUGAACUGAAAUGUGAGACCUAUGGUGAUCCCAAACCCUCCAUAGAGUGGAUAUUACCAGAUGGAAUCAAGGUGCGUGCACCAUAUAGCAGCGAGGACCGGAGGAUAGUAAUAUUAGAUAAUGGGAAGCUUACUUUAAGAGCAGCAGAUAGCUCUGAUGCUGGUAUUUACCACUGCAUUGCCACUAAUUAUUUAGAUGCAGAUGUACUUUCUUUUAGGGUUACCGUACUGUCCCCAGAUGUUGAGGAGGAGGAUGUCAAUGGGGUUCGGCUUUCACGAACAGUGGGUGGGAGCUUAGUUCUUGAUUGUGAAACAAACGGUGUCCCACAAGCCUCUGUCCAAUGGAUACUACCAGACCACACUGUUAUGGACCGGCCUUUUGGAAACAGGAAACUCUACCCAAAUGGUACUUUAGCAAUACAUCCACUGACUGAGAGAGACAGGGGGUUUUACAGAUGCAUAGCUGCUAACCAUCUUGGGGUAGAUUUAUUAUCCUCCCUAGUGACUGUUUCUAGUGAUGGGUCCAAAAUUGUGACACUGACCAGCAUAGAUGGGUCUGGUGAUGAUGUACAGCUGGGCAAAGACGAUAACCAUGUGAUUUUCCGUGAAGGUCUUUCUAGUAGAAUUAGCCAGGAAUCAAGAACAGUUACUUCAGACAGACCAUACCCUAGGCUCAGGCAUUCACUUCGCCAUGGAGUAACUACAAAUAGAAGGGGAGGUAGCAGACACACCGGGUGGUCUAGAAGGGUGUUUGACAAAGCAUCCAGGAGAGUAGACCCGGAGAGAUUAGCAGAUUAUAUCAAGAGAUCUCAAAAUAAGAAAUCAGGGAAAGAUACAGAUGACAGUAUAAACCCAUCAGAUAAAUCUCAAGCUAAAGUAGAACUUUCUGUUGAUGAUGAGACAGGUUCAGGGAGUAUAGUGUUUGAAGGUGAUGUUUCCAUGCCAGAUCAAGCCAAAUCAAGUACAGAAAAUCCAGAAGAUGUUUAUGGUAGUGUUAUGACCACAUAUCACCUACUAGAGGAUGAUCAGAAUAAGGCUGCUGAAAUCACAGAGAUACUAAGAGAUGAUCUAAGCAAUGUUAUAACAACAACAGAAAACAUGAGAACAAUAACAACAGGUUCCUACUCUUACACAGAUGCCAGCCCAAUGGUGCCAAGUGUUACUCUUAGCAGUUAUGAAUUUCAAAAAGAUGAGACAACACCAUUUAUAGCCACCCAAGAUUAUAAUGUUGGUCCUAGUAGUAGCAAAUCUUACAGUUCAGAAAGAAGCACAAAUACACCUUUGCAACCAUUUACCGUAAAAUUUAUGGUUACUGAGACCAUGGAUGAAAUGGAACUUCAAUUUUCUGGGGAUAUGCCAGAGACUGCAACUGAGGUACUGCCACAUCUCAACUCUCAGAUCCCUAAUGUGACACCAAUGAUGAAUCAACCAACACAAAGAGUGAAUCCAGUAGUACACAUGUCUACAGACCCUGAGAGCCAAACCACUUUUACAGCAGUCACUACAACAGAAAGAGAACAAGACGAGAUUACGGUUCAUACUACUCAAAGAAUCAAGUCUCCUCAUCUGCCCCCUGGAUCUACCAUCAUCUCCCACCAGCAAAUACACAUUAUUCCUCCUAAUAAAAAGCGGCCAGGAAGGAGACGUAAUUUAUUCAGUAGGCGCAGAAUUAUUCGGCCAAACAAGAUUACAGAUAUACAGUCCUUACUGGAUAAGCUCAAAAGGCCAUCUGUUGAGUAUGAGAGCAAUGCCACUGUCUCAUACACAGUGGAACUGACCACAAAUUGUGAUAAUGAGAAAGGAAGAAUGUCUACUGUAAAAUCCAUCCAAGAUUCAACUAGCAGAUCUCAAGUGUCGACAUCUUUAGGAAAAACGGAAAAAUUCAUCACAACAACUCUGAGCACCCCAUUUAUUACUUCAUCAAUGAUAUCCCCUAAGUCCACUACAUUUAAAAGUGAGGGUCAAUUGAAGUCUGAUAGUUCCAGUGAAUAUAUUCGCUCUACAAAUGUCCCUGAGCAAAAACCUACAGAAGAUCCAAUGACAGAAGUUUCAACCACUGUUGCAACUACAACUACAACAACUAAGGCUUCUAAAGUCAUACAGGGAAAGAUACCAUGGCAUAGAUUUUUCGGAAGCAAAGAGGGUCAGCGGGAAAUUCUUAAGAGACUUAGAAAACCAUCCAAACCAUCCCUAAUAAUAAAGAGCACAACAACAGUCAGAACCAUGACCACAACUGCACCAUCAAGGGUCUUAACUGCACUACCUACAGCUGAGUCAAUGGCUGCACCAAUGACUGCCAUGCCUCCUGUCACACAAAGAAAUCAAGGCAAUUUGGGGAUGCCCUCUGAUAACUUGUCAAACUUCACAGAAUCAAAGAAUUCUUAUGAGGUCAUCACAUUAUUUACAACUGUUAAUCCAUCCAGAAAAUACCACAAAACAACAGUAACCUACAUGCCAGUAACUACACCUAUGUAUGGUUCCAGGGUAUCCACAGCUACAACAUCCUACAUUACACCAAUUCCACCAUCCCUAACAACUACUAAAACGACAUACAAGGAAGAUACAUUUGAGUUCUCAGGCUCUUACUCUGGAGGGUCUGGGGGAUUUGGUGGUAGAUCUUGGGGAAAUCGAAAGCCAGGUUUCCACAGACGACGUUUCAGAGGAAGAAAGCCAGUUAAAAAAUCUACCACACAAGCUCCAACUACCAAAUCUGCUACAUCUGAAACCACCUCUUUAACGCCACAGACAACCUCACGAGUAACCAAGCCCUUGUAUAUACCUACUAUAGAGGUUGCAAGGUCCUCUAUACACUCAUCAUCUGACAUAAUAGACUCUGACAAGGAAGAGUGGAGAAACACAGCCAAACCUACCAACUUUCCAAAAACUCAUUCUAUAGCAAGUGAUCCUUCACCAACACAGAGCUUUUCUUAUACAACUAAUAUAGCAACGCCAUACAUCACACCACAAUCAGAAAACCAGAGAACCAAAGCAAGAAUGAACACAAAUAAAAGAAUUCCCCCACGAAGAGGUGGAAGGUAUCAAACUCAGAGACCUGUGAUUCAAAGAAUAAGGCCAAAUUUAACUAAUAGAAACAGGGACCAUUUUAAACAACCAAGAGUAACCGCUUCCCCUGACACUAAAAGGGAUGGAUCUAAAAAGAGGACUAGCACCGAGAAGACACUAACCUUUGACACAGUGACUGUCGUCACAGCAGAAGAAAACAAGACGAUCACGUCAUUUCCAUCCAUCAGUGAUAUCUCUAAUAAAAUUCCCAAUACUUAUGAUCACACCACAGUGUAUGACACUAUAUCAUCAACUACCAAUGGAUUUGAAUCAUCUACAAAGGAUGUAACAUCUAAGCCAAGAAUUGUUGGGGGACAUGCAGCCAGUUUUACAGUUGAGUCAAACUCUGAUGCAUUCCUUCCUUGUGAGGCUACAGGUAACCCUGAACCUGUCAUCAGCUGGAAACGGUUCUCCCCAAGCACAGGGACUACACUGACCAUUAAAGGAAAAGUUGGUAAACUUGAGGUGUUCGGGAAUGGAACAUUGUUGAUCCAGAAUGCAAAUGUCAAAGACCGAGGACAAUACCUUUGUCUGGCUGAGAAUGCUUAUGGGUCUGACAAACUCACUGUCAUGCUGUCAGUGGUGGCUUAUCCUUCCCGGAUAUUGGAGUCAAAGGUUCGAGAGAUCAAAGCCCACUCUGGUGAAACAGUUGAUCUGAAAUGCAAGACAGAAGGAAGGCCAGUGCCAGUUGUGUCAUGGAUUCUAGCAAACCGCACUCAAGUUAGGGGUCAAAACAAUGGUCAUGGCAGAGUAACCAUUACACCAGAAGGUACUCUGGUCAUCCAACAGGUGUCAGUAUAUGAUCGAGGACAUUAUAAGUGCAUUGCAAGUAACCCAGCUGGUAUAGAUACAGUGACUGUGCGUCUUCAGGUGGUGGCAGCACCCCCUGGCAUUUUGGAAGAGAAGCGGCAGCUGGUGAGGGCUGAUGUUGGGCAGAGUGUGUGGAUGCCCUGUACAGCACAAGGAGACCCUCAACCUACUACACACUGGGUUUUGUUGGAUGGGACAGUUAUAAUGCCACUUCACACCAGCUCCAGAGUGUACUCAUUUCCUAAUGGUACCCUUCACCUGAAAAGCCUGGAUAUCUCUGACAGUGGAAAAUAUGAAUGCAUUGCUACAAGUUCCACAGGAUCUGAGAGGCGAGUGGUCACACUAUCUGUGGAAAAAACAGAAAUUGCCCCCCAAAUAACUGAAACAUCAGGCCGGAGGACUGAGCUGGGAUAUGGCAGCCAACUUCGUUUGAACUGCUCUGCAACUGGCAUUCCCAAACCCCAAAUUAUUUGGAGACUUCCAUCCAAAGCCCUUGUGAACCAGUGGCACAGAAUGGGCAGCCGUAUCCAGGUGCUGGAGAAUGGCACACUUGUCAUUGACUCAGUUAGUGACAAGGAUGCUGGAGACUACCUUUGUGUUGCACGCAGCAAUGCUGGAGAUGAUCUACAACUAAUGAAAGUCACUGUGUCCAUGAAACCAGCUAAGAUUGAACCCAAGUUUGUUGGGAAGAAACAGGUACCAUAUGGCAAGGAACUAAAGGUAGACUGCAAGGCUUCUGGUGCCCCUGUACCAGAGAUUUCAUGGGGCUUGCCAGAUGGCACAUUGGUCAACAAUGCUCUUCAAGCAGAUGGCAGAAUAAGCAGUCGAUCCAAACGUUAUAUACUGUUUGAUAAUGGGACGCUUUACCUGAAUAAGGUGGGGAUAGAUGAAGAAGGCGACUAUACCUGUUAUGCAGAGAACACCUUAGGCAAGGAUGAAAUGCAUGUUCACAUCACGGUUGUGAGUGCAGCACCUCGGAUACGCCCCUCAGCCCUCACUUAUGCCAAAGUCAAGCCAGGAGGGAACGUCCGCUUUGACUGUGAGGCCAUAGGGGAACCCAAACCAAAGAUUCUGUGGAUGCUACCAUCCAGUGACAUGAUUGCUGCAUCAAAUGAACGAUACUUGAUGCAUGUCAAUGGAUCUCUUGAUAUACGCAAUGUAAAAUUAGCUGAUGCUGGAGAGUAUGUUUGCAUAGCUCGGAACGCUGCAGGUGACGAGAGCAAAGUGUUCAAGUUGGAGAUGGAUGGAAAUCCACCCAUCAUCAAUGGCUAUUACCAGAACAGGACAGUUGUUAAGGAUACAGCAGAAAAGUAUUCUAGGAAGUUAAUAGACUGCAAGGCAGAAGGAGAUCCUCCUCCAAAGAUCACAUGGAUAAUGCCAGACAAUAUCUUUCUUUCGGCUCCUUACUAUGGGAGCAGAAUUAUUGUCCAUUACAAUGGGACUCUAGAGAUCCGCAAUGUUAGACCUACAGACACUGCUGAGUUUAUUUGCAUGGCACGGAAUGAUGGGGGUGAAGCUGUCUUGGUAAUACACCUGGAGGUUACCAACCAACUUAUGAGGCCUAUCUUUAAAAACCCCUUUAACGAGAGAGUGGGGACUCGACUAGGGAAAACUACAGUACUUAACUGUUCUGCUGAUGGAAAUCCACCUCCAGAUAUGAUCUGGACUUUACCCAAUGGUACCCAGUUAACUGUAGGGCCUAAUGGAGGAUCUCAACAUCACCUGGGCAGUGAUGGCACAUUUGUCAUAUAUAAUCCGAGCAAAGGGGAUGCUGGCAAGUAUCGCUGUGCUGCAAAGAACAAGGUUGGGUACAUUGAGAAACUGAUUAUCCUAGAGGUUGGACAAAAGCCUUACAUUCUGACACGGCCACGAGGGAUUAUCCGCAGCAUGUCUGGAGAACCCCUGUUCCUACACUGUUUGGCUGAUGGAAGCCCUCGUCCCAACAUCUUCUGGACCAUGCCAGGAGGUCAUGUCAUAAGCCGUUCUCAGAUAACUGGUCGCUACCAGCUAAUGGACAAUGGUACACUGGUCAUCCAUCAGACCAAUUUACAUGACCGUGGGAAUUAUGUGUGCCAUGCAAAGAAUAAUGUAGGGGAUGCAGUUUUAACUGUGCCUGUCAUCAUAAUUGCAUACAGUCCCCGCAUCACUAAUGGACCCCCACCAAAUGUAAAGACAACAACAGGAACUUCAGUGCAGCUAAACUGCAUUGCUGUUGGAAUUCCAAAACCAGAAAUCACCUGGGAACUGCCUGACCGAUCUGUUCUCUCCACAGCCGGAAAGGGACGUUCUGCAGGCAGUGAGCUACUCCAUCCACAGGGCACGCUAGUAAUUCAGAAGCCAACAAGAGCUGACUCUGGCCCUUAUAAGUGCUUAGCAACUAAUAAUCAUGGGACAGACACCAGAGUCACAUAUAUGACAGUUAUUUAAAACAGGCAAUAACCAUCCACCAGUGCUCUUCAAAUCUUCAAACAGUUGUCAGAUGGCAAUAUUUCCAAAAACUGCUCUGUAUAUUAAGUGCUGUUAUGGCAUAUUUCAUAAUUUAGACGGCUAGCGGUAGUAAAUGUUCUACAUUUAUUUAACCAUGUAUCACUCUAAGAUUCGCAUGGGUGGUAUACCAAGAAAGAUGGAAAGAAGGAUGAAUGUGUGGAAUAGACUGCACCGAUCUGCUGUUUGGCAUGAAAAUAAAUUUGGGACAAGGCCCUAAGUCUGCAGUCUAAAAUAUGCUUUAUGACUGAGUAGUUUAAUGUUGAAAAGAUAUGUGGUACUAACCUCAGGUGCUAAUGCAUACAGAGCUGUUAUUGGCAUGGAUGAGAUUUCACUGUUUUAAUUGUUCUCUAAACUUUUAUUGCCCAUAUAAUAAGUAAUACAGUGAGCAGCUGACAUCGAUCACCUAUUUUUUUUUUUUCAAUGUCGUUUGUACUACAGUUUAUAUUGAUGUAAAAUAUUUGCAAGUUAUAACAUUUUAAGACUGAAUUAAUAUAUUUUGAGGGGACUUUUUAUGUGAAUGAUAGUAUAGAUCAGUAUACACAGAUAGUGGGCUUAUUCUUUUAUUUUACUAAAGCAACAAUAGUGUUUGUUACUAUAUAAAUUGCUUUUGAAUUCUUUUCACAAAUACUUAAAUCUGUGUUUCAUAUUUAUGUGGCUUUUAUACUUCAUAAGUUACUGCAUUUUCAACCUUAAAAAAAUAAAUUGUGUAUAUUUAAGAUAAUUAUACAUAUAUAUAAUACUAAAACUGUAUAUCCAUAAAACAAAUGUCAAGAUUACAUGUAUACAGGCCAGGUUUCUACCUGUAAAUCUGAUUCCUAACAUCUUGUACUUCACCAUUUUAUAGAAAGUAACAAUAAUAACAAACAUUCUUUUCGGUACUUAAACCUUGUUGUAGUACAUGAUGAUUCUAUAGAACAAUCAUAAACAUUUAAGAUAUUUUUUCUAUGGAAUGUCUGAAUGUUACUUUACUUGUGAAACCAGGAUUUUCUCCAGGAUAUUUUUCUAUAUUUUUCAGCAAUAUAUAUAAAGAGAUUGAUUGGUAAAGAAUAGAGCCAACAAAUGUAAGGUUGACAAUACCUAUUUCUACAUAUAGAGAGACAUGGCGAUGGAAACACACUUUAAAUUCUUAUAUGUUAAGUUAUGUUUAAAGAAUUUUCCCAAUUCCUAAUGGUAUAGGAAGGGCAAUUGUUAGCAUUAUACAAAUGAAUCAGAUAGCCCCAUUGUCCUUUUUACAUUAUUACUUGAAUUAGCACAAAAUCUUUGAAUUAUCACACAAAUGUGUACCAAACAUUAUUUUGCGGCAUUAUUUUACAUUAUUAUACAGCACAUACAGCCCAUCUCCAGCCUGCAUUUUGCUGACUCUUCAAGAGUUCAUUGAAAGUUACUGUUGAACUAUGAAUUUCAGUUUUUCUUGUUUUGAGACAAAAUGUGGUCCAGAAAAUACGUAAAUCAAGCUAGAAAAGGUCUUUUCCAUAAACACUGGAAUGUGGAAUUGGUUUGUAAGCCAGAGAAACUGCUAGCAUAUGUUCACAAGAACAAUCAAGCAGCAUUAGCUGGUUUGGCAAGAUAUACUGAGUAACAAACAGUAAUUUGGGGUAAGUUAUGUAAUGCUGCCUACAAAAGUAAAUCACUCAUAAAUUGUGUCAGAAAAAUGUCAUUUUUAGUACUGAUAUUUAUGUUUGAGCCCAAAAGGGGUAAUUGCUCUUGGGUCUUCACUCUCCAUAGACACCUUUCUGGCAGAUUGCUAGCUUGUGUGAAUUUACAAUGAGGCACUGAAAGAUUACAUUUGAUUGGCUCUGGUAACCAGGGGCUACUUUUGAUACUUCUAAUAUGUUUUAUCUGCAUAUACACAUUUGGCAGAUGCUUUUAUCGAGAGCAAUUUACAAUUACAAGCUUACAAAAGUGCCUGGGAUUUUAACUCACAGCCUUCUGAUCAAUAGCCCAAGCCCAAACAAUUGCAUCACCACUGUCCCUGGGUUUUCCAAGACUUUGACAGUAAAAGAAACAGUUUUUUUUAUAAUAUAUGAAUGUAAUGAUAUUACAAAUGUUCCCCUUUGUUGUACUGUAUUUAUUAACUCCUUGUUACAAAUGCAAGGUUCUUCGUAGUGGCACUGGUUCCCUUGAGUGGAGGGCAGAACCGCAUGAUGAGCUUAGCUCAUUAAAAUGAGCUCAUCUGGGCUGAAUUAGCCAGACUUUAUGAGCUUGCAUUUAGAAAGCCUUGCUUGCCUAGGAGCAAAACAAAAAUUUAAUACAGAAACUAUAUGAAAGUUUCAUUCAAGUUAAAUCAAAGGAAUUAAGACUUAUAUAGUUAUUAGAAAUAAUGAGUCUUAAAUACAGAAGUCACAUCAGUGUUGUCGAAACUUGGCAACACUUAGUAGUUAUUAGCAGUUUUUCUUGGUGGAUUUAGUUUUGAUCAAAUGAAUAAAGAAAUAAGAAAAAAGAGAGAUAAGAAAAAGUUUUAGCAUACAUUAUCUGUCAAAUCCAUGCAUGCUGUGUCUUGGGUAACAUCUGGCCAGUGGAUUCUCCCAGUUGGAGUGAGCGUUUUUGGGAUUCCAGCUGGCUGCAACACAGCACAUGAAGAGUAAUGGAAAAAUAAAGCUUGACCAUUUCCCUUAGAGGCUCUCUCUAAGGCCUGCCAUAUUUGAUACUAGUUCUCCAACAGAGUUUCUGGUCCAUAUGGGCAAACUCUGACCAACUCCUCAAAGGCCAUCAACAACUCUCACUCUCACUUCUGUAAUCUCUUCAUCUAAUGAGAUGAUCCUGAUUAAUAUGGACAUUUUAUGCAGUAUAUUGUAGAAAUUUUAGGUUUUAAUCAUUUGCCAUCUCUAGUGUGAUAUGACGUAUCCAGCAGUCAUAUGUUUUAAUGUGCACACACAACACAUGAAGGAAGAAGGUAGGAGAUAAUCAAUUACAUACAUGCAGUUCAGUCUGCUAAAUUAUCUGACUUAGAUUUGAAACUCAGUCCACUUCUUCAGAUUAUUUUGCUACAAGAGGCUAAAUCAUUUAAUGAUAGAUAUCAGGAAUUCAUUACAUUCCAUUUAACAAUUAUUUAAUUAAGGUGGCAUGGUGGUGCAGGAGGUAGUGUUACCACUUCAUAGUUCCACGGUCAUUGGUUUGAUUCUAAGCUCAGGUUACUCUCUGUACCCACCUGUUCUCCAUGUGCCCUGAUAGAUGGAUUGAGAUUGCCCCUAAGAGUGAGUGAAGUUUGUCUUUAAGCAACUUAAUUCAUUCAUCAGGUGUUUAUUCUUGCUUUUUAAGGAGUACUUCAUCCAUAAAUGUUAAUAAUGAAUCAAAACUGUGACGAAGUGACAGCUUGUUUGCAUGGAUUCAUUUGCCUAGCAUUAGUAUUAGCUCUCCAUUCAUUAGCAUGUUGAAGUAUUUCUGUAGUAUUAUCCUCACAGCAUACCAUUGCUAUAAGCUGUGUUUGGAUAUCUUUCACCCAGCCCACUAUGGUGAUACUGGAAUUUCACAACGGUGUUUGAAAAUCCGCACUUUGGUCCAACAGACACAAAGCAUAGAUUCAUCUUUCUGUUUCCAUCACAGGGUUUCCGUCCCAAUGUGAAGUAACACUGGAAAUUAGGAACAUAAAUUCGAAAGAAAGCAUGGUGCACUGUGAUGUAACUAAAUAUUUUUCACUGAACAAUUUCAGAUCAAACAUAUGAAGUUGCUUUCCUUGAUAAAUUAAGUUCCACACUGUAUAAUGGGCUCCAGAUGAUAGUUUAUAAGCUUGGCUUAACCAGAUGGACUGGUCAGCACCUUUCCCAUCUCAUUAUUACAUCCCCCAGGGUUCAUGCUCUGACCUUUAAAUAUAGACCACACUUUGUUUAUCUUACACCAAAUACGCAACAGCACACCUUUCUUGUGGAGCCAGGAAAAGCUUCCUCUCUCUGAGCUGAUGUUUCCAAUUCUCCAACCAGGCAACUCAAUACUGUGGUUAUGGUUCAUUAGGGACAGAGGAGCGAAGGGUCUGAACAUGUGUCUGCACCAUGUUGUUGUAGCAGUGGGUGGGCAGGGAAUGAUGCCGUCCUCUACUACACACUUACUCAAUGAAUGGAUCUUAGCUCAUGCUUUAAGCAACUUCACUUUGGCAUAGUCCAUCUGUUUCACAUUAGUCCUCAAAAGCCAUUUUAAUGGAGGGCAUUCUUGUCAAAUAUUGAUUUCUGUUGGCUUAAUUAGUAGUUCAUGGCAUUUGGUGUGAUUAAAGGUGUUUGUGUGGCAGACUGGGAAAACCCACUGGAAUGUCGUGGUUGCUGAAUUCUGGGAAGCAGACAAAAAAAAAAAAAAAAAAAAAAAAAACAAGAACAUACUUUGACUCCUUGACUUUACAAAUCAUAAAUUUAUAGUUCACCAAAACAACGUGGAAAUGUUUUAUCUUGCCUAGACUAUUUUUCUGCAAAGAUCAAGUUGGUUAAGGAGCCAGAUUGACAAACAUUGUGGGACAAACGGUCAGUCAGCCUAAAGAUUUCUAUAGAUUUCUAUAGUGUGAAUGUCAUGCUUUGAUCAAGUUGUUAGCUAUCCAGAGAUAGCUAGAGAUACAACUUUAAAAAUGACUUAUUUAACUCACCUUUAUUUUUUAAAUCCCAGAAAGGGUUAAAUACUUUGAGAGCAGUGUGUGCUU